AUGUCGUCUUGGCUUGGGGGCCUCGGCUCCGGCUUGGGGCAGUCCCUGGGUCAAGUCGGGGGCAGCCUGGCUUCCCUCACCGGCCAGAUUUCAAACUUUACGAAGGAUAUGCUGAUGGAGGGCACGGAGGAAGUGGAAGCAGAAUUACCUAAUGCUAGGAGAAGGGAAGUUGAAGCCAUUCAUACAAUCUUAAGAUCAGAGAAUGAGAGACUCAAAAAACUUUGUACUGAUCUGGAAGAGAAGCAUGAAGCAUCAGAGCUUCAAAUAAAGCAGCAAUCUAUGAAUUAUCGAAAUCAACUGCAACAGAAAGAGGUAGAAAUCAGCCAUCUUAAAGCAAGACAGAUUGCACUGCAGGAUCAGUUGCUGAAGCUGCAGUCAGCUGCUCAGUCAAUGAAUUCAGGAGCUGGUGGUGUACCAGCAACCACUGCAUCUUCUUCAUUUGGUUAUGGUUUAAGUCAUCAUGCUUCAGCUUUCCACGACGACGACAUGGAUUUUGGUGACAUAAUUUCAUCACAACGAGAAAUAAACAGAUUGUCAAAUGAAGUUUCAAGACUUGAGUCUGAAGUUAGCCAUUGGAGGCAUAUUGCUCAGACUUCUAAAGUACAAGGAUCAGAUAGCUCGGAUCAAAGUGAAAUCUGCAAACUACAAAAUAUCAUUAAGGAACUUAAACAGAACCGGAGUCAGGAAAUUGAUAACCAUCAACAUGAAAUGUCAGUAUUGCAGAAUAGGCAUCAACAGAAACUGACAGAAAUAACUCGUCGGCACCACGAAGAAUUAAGUGAUUAUGAAGAACGGAUUGAAGAACUGGAAAAUCUGUUACAAGGUGGCUCAGGAACUGCAAUAACUGAUCACUCUAAAAUCCAUGAGAUGCAAAAGGCUAUUCAAGUUCUACAAGCUGAAAAAGUAGAAUCUACAAAAAAAAUGGAAGAACUUGAGGAUAAAAUAAAAGAUGUAAAUAAAAAAUUAUCUUCUGCAGAAAAUGACAGAGAUGUUUUCAAGAAGGAACAAGAGCGACUAAGUGUGGAAAACAGACAGAUACUUGAAGAAUGUGAAAGCUUGAAACAGGAGUGUGGUAAACUGCAGCCUCCUGCCACAGAGCAGAGUGACACUGUGACAGAGAAAGAAAGAAUCCUCCCCCAGAGUUUAUCAGCAGAAGUGUUCAGACUGCAGCAAGCGCUGUCUGAUGCUGAAAAUGAAAUAAAGAGACUGAGUAAUUUAAACCAGGAUAACAAUCUCGCUGAAGACAAUCUGAAACUUCAAAUGCAUGUCCAAGUUUUAGAAAAAGAGAAUUCAUUACUAAAUGAAGAAAAGGAAGAACUUCAAAUAUCACUUUCAAAAUUGAACAAUGAAUAUGAAGUAAUUAAAAGUACAGCUGCAAGAGACAUGGAUUUGGAUUCGGAAUUAUGUGAUUUAAGACACAAUUUGGCGGCAAAGGAACAAGAACUCAAUCAGAGCAUUACUGAAAAGGAAAUACUAGUAGCUGAGUUAGAAGAAUUGGAUAAACAGAACCAAGAGGCUACAAAGCACAUGAUUUUGAUCAAAGAUCAGCUAUCAAAACAACAAAAUGAGGGAGAUAAUGUCAUUAGUAAACUGAAGAAAGAUCUAAAUGAUGAAAAAAAGAGAGUUCAUCAACUUGAAAAUGAUAAAAUGAACAUUACUAAAGAGUUAGACAUACAGAAAGAAAAGUUAAUGCAAAGUGAACUGGUACUAAAUGAUUUACAUUUAACCAAACGGAAGCUUGAGGAUAAAGUAGACGAUUUAGUAGAUCAGCUAAAUGAAUCACACACAAAAAAUUUAAACAUCCAAAAGGAGAACUUUGAACUUCAAGAACACGUUAAACGAAAGGAGGAGGAGCUUUCUAGAGUCAAGGAUGAGGUAAUGCAGUCUCUUAGUCAAGACUCUAACAGUAAUUUUAAGGAUGACUUACUUAAAGAAAGGGAAGCUGAAGUCAGAAACUUAAAGCAAAAUCUUUCAGAAAUAGAACAACUCAAUGAAAGUUUAAAGACAGUUGCUUUUGAUCUCAAAAUGGAAAAUGAAAAGUUGAAUUUAGCAUGUGAAAACGUAAGGCAUCAGUUGGAAGAAUCUAUUGCUAGUAACAAUCAAAUUUCUCUGGAAAAAAACACUAUUGUAGAGGCUCUAAAAAUUGAGAAAGAACAGUUAGAAGCAGAAUUAUGUCGGGCUGAAAAGAGGCUGAUGGAAGAAGCAAACAAGUAUGAGCAAACCAUCAAAGAGCUGUCCAGUGGAUGUAAUUUGAGCACCUCUGCUUUACAACUGGACCAUGAGCAUUUAAUUAAACUCAGUCAAGAGAAGGACUUUGAAAUAGCAGAACUCAAAAAGAAUAUCGUGCAGGUGGAUACUGAUCAUAAGGAAACUAAGAACAUUUUGUCAUCUAAUUUAGAAGAGCAGAAGCAAUUGACUCAACUUGUAAAUGAGAAAGAAAUUGUUAUUGAAAAACUUAAAGAAAGAAGUUCAGAGCUUCAGGAGGAAUUAGAUAAAUGUACUCAGGCCCUAAGAAAAAGUGAAAUUUUAAGGCAAACCAUAGAGGAGAAAGACAGAAGUCUCGGAUCCAUGAAAGAAGAAAACAGUCAUCUGAAAGAAGAGUUGGAACGACUCAGGGAACAGCAGAGUCGCGCCGCACCUGUGGCUGAGCCCAAAACCCUUGAUGGUGUUACAGAGCUAGAAUCUGAAGUAAAUCAGCUGAAUAUAAUAAAGGAUAAUCUUGAAGAGGAAAUAAAACACCAUCAAAAGAUAAUUGAAGAUCAAAACCAGAGUCAGAUACAACUGCUUCAGUCUUUACAGGAGCAGAAGAAGGAAAUGGAUGAGUUUCGAUACCAGCAUGAGCAAGUGAACGCCACACACACCCAGCUCUUUUUUGAGAAAGAUGAGGAAAUUAAGAAUUUGCAAAAAACAAUUAAACAAAUCAAAACCCAGUUGCAUGAAGAAAGACAGGACGUUCAAACAGAGAAUUCUGAUAUUUUUCAAGAAACAAAAGUUCGGGGCCUUAAUAUAGAAAAUGGAAGUGAAAAGCAUGAUUUAUCUAAAGCUGAAACUGAAAGAUUAGUAAGAGGAAUAAAAGAACGAGAAUUGGAGAUUAAACUUCUAAAUGAAAAGAAUAUAUCUCUAACUAAACAGAUUGAUCAGCUGUCCAAAGAUGAGGUUGGUAAACUAACUCAGAUUAUCCAGCAGAAAGAUUUGGAGAUACAAGCUCUUCAUGCCAGAAUUUCUUCAGCUUCCUACCCACAGGAUGUGGUUUACCUUCAGCAGCAGCUGCAGGCCUACGCUAUGGAACGAGAACAGGUACUAGCUGUUUUGAGUGAGAAGACUAGGGAAAACAGCCAUCUAAAAACAGAAUAUCACAAGAUGAUGGAUAUAGUUGCUGCAAAAGAAGCAGCUCUCAAUAAGCUGCAAGAUGAAAAUAAAAAAUUGUCCACGAGAUUUGAAAGUAGUGGCCAAGAUAUGUAUAGAGAAACUGUUCAGAACUUAUCCCGUAUCAUCCGAGAAAAAGACAUUGAAAUAGAUGCAUUGAGUCAGAAAUGUCAGACCUUACUGACAGUUUUACAGACAUCUAACACUGGAAAUGAGGUUGGAAGUGUUAAUAGUAAUCAGUUUGAGGAGCUUCUGCAGGAACGUGAUAAGUUAAAACAGCAGGUAAAGAAAAUGGAAGAGUGGAAACAGCAGGUUAUGACUACAGUACAAAAUAUGCAGCACGAGUCAGCCCAGCUCCAGGAGGAGCUUCAUCAGCUUCAGGCACAAGUUUUGGUUGACAGUGACAACAGCUCGAAAUUACAAGUGGACUAUACUGGCCUGAUCCAAAGUUAUGAGCAGAACGAAACCAAACUCAAAAAUUUUGGGCAGGAAUUAGCACAAGUUCAGCAUAGCAUAGGGCAGCUUUGCAAUACCAAAGAUCUUCUUUUAGGAAAACUUGAUAUUAUUUCACCUCAGCUCUCUUCUGGAUCGUCGCUUACUUCCCAGUCAGCAGAUUCUCUUAGAACAGUUAAGUCUGAUGUAUUGAGUGAGUCUUCUAAACAAGAAAUAGAAGAGCUAAGAAAAUCACUGCAGGAAAAAGAUGCAACAAUUAGAACUCUUCAGGAAAAUAAUCACAGAUUGUCUGAUUCGAUUGCUGCUUCCUCAGAGCUAGAAAGAAAAGAACACGAACAAACUGAUUCAGAAAUUAAGCAGCUAAAGGAGAAACAAGAUACCUUACAAAAGUCACUUAAGGAAAAAGACCUCUUAAUCAAAGCCAAAAGUGAUCAGUUACUUUCUUUGAAUGAAAAUUUCACUAACAAGGUGAAUGAAAAUGAACUUUUGAGGCAGGCAGUAACAAACCUGAAGGAGAGAACAUUAAUUUUAGAAAUGGACAUUUGUAAAUUAAAAGGGGAAAAUGAAAAAAUAGUAGAAACAUCCAGGGGAAAAGAAACAGAAUAUCAAGCAUUACAGGAGACUAAUAUGAAGUUUUCUAUGAUGCUUCGAGAAAAAGAGUUUGAAUGCCAGUCAUUGAAGGAGAAGGCUCUGGCUCUUGAGCAACUACUGAAAGAAAAAGAGCAGGGCAAGACUGGGGAGUUAAAUCAGCUUUUAAAUGCAGUUAAGUCAAUGCAGGAGAAGACAGUUAUCUUUCAACAGGAGAGAGACCAGGUCAUGUUGGCCCUGAAACAGAAACAAAUGGAAAACACUGCUGUACAGAAUGAGGUUCAACAUUUACGUGACAAAGAAUUACGCUUAAACCAGGAGCUAGAGAGAUUGCGUAACCAUCUUUUGGAAUCAGAAGAUUCUUACACCCGUGAAGUUUUGGCUGCAGAAGAUAGAGAGGCUAAACUAAGAAAGAAAGUCACAGUAUUGGAGGAAAAGCUAGUUUCAUCCUCUAAUGCAAUGGAAAAUGCAAGCCAUCAAGCCAGUUUACAGGUAGAGUCAUUGCAGGAGCAGUUGAAUGUGGUAUCCAAGCAAAGAGAUGAAACUGCACUACAGCUUUCCAUGUCUCAGGAACAAGUAAAGCAGUAUGCUCUGUCACUCUCCAACCUGCAGAUGGUCCUGGAGCAUUUCCAGCAAGAGGAAAAAGCUAUGUAUUCUGCUGAACUAGAAAAACACAAACAGCUUGUUGCUAAAUGGAAGAAAAAGUCAGAAAAUCUGGAAGGAAAACUCGUGUCAUUACAGGAGCGUUUGGAUGAAGCAAAUGCUGCUUUGGAUUCAGCAUCAAGACUUACAGAACAGUUAGAUUUAAAGGAAGAACAAAUUGAAGAACUUAAAAAGCAAAAUGAACUCCGACAAGAAAUGCUGGAUGAUGUACAAAAGAAAUUGAUGAAUUUAGUAAAUAGCACAGAAGGAAAAGUGGACAAAGUCCUAAUGAGAAACCUCUUCAUUGGACACUUCCACACACCAAAAAAUCAGCGUCAUGAAGUGUUACGAUUGAUGGGAAGCAUCCUAGGUAUCAAAAAGGAGGAAAUAGAGCAGUUGUUGAAUGAAGAUCAGGGUGGUGUUACCAGGUGGAUGACUGGGUGGCUUAGAGGAGGAUCAAAAAGUGUUCCCAACACACCUUUGAGACCAAAUCAGCAAUCGCUGCUUAAUAGUUCUUUUUCAGAACUUUUUGUUAAAUUUCUAGAAACAGAAUCUCAUCCAUCUGUUCCACCACCCAAGCUUUCUGUUCAUGAUAUGAAACCUCUAGAUUCACCAGGAAGGAGAAAACUAGAUACAAGUGUACCAGAAAGUUUUAAAGAUACAACAGACUCCAGGUCUGGUAGAAGAACAGAUGUGAAUCCAUUCCUGGCCCCCCGCUCUGCGGCUGUGCCUCUCAUUAACCCAGCUGGACUUGGACCUGGUGGGCCUGGCCAUCUCCUUUUGAAACCCAUCGCAGAUGUGCUGCCCACAUUCACACCUUUGCCAGUGUUACCUGACAACAGUGCCGGAGUUGUGUUGAAAAACCUUUUAAAGCAAUAGAUGAUUCUCAAGCCAGAGACAACGUAUAUAGCACUUUAAAAAAACCAUGAACACUAUGUGUAUGUACUUUAUCACAAAGUGGCCUUUUGGAAAAAGUCAUGUAUUUGUUUGCAGUUGUACUUUAUCUAAAUUUAAUAAACAUAUUCUUAAUGCUUUUAGAAAUUGCAGGUGUUAAAGGAGAAAGUGUUUGCUAUAUCAUCUGCUUUUUUCCCCUGUCUGAUUUGACCUAACUUAAGCUAGAAACAUUCAAUCUUUUAAUUUACAAAAAUAAGAAAAAUAAAAAGAAACACAAAAAUA